UUUCGUGGGCCCCAUUCAAUUUAAAUAUCACCUGUCAGGAACUCACCGCCACGUGUCGGUAAUCUCCCCGCUCACUCAGUACAAUUUCUCCACAGUCGCAGUCUUUAUACCCGUUUUCCGCGGUACCCAUUCCCAAAGGAAAAGGUCUUUCGUUUUUGUUCAGGGUUGGGUCAUAUGGGAUACGGGAUCGUGUAAAUGGAAAGCCCUUUUUUUUUCUUUUUUCUUUUACUCUUUUUGGCAUGCAUUAAAAUAGGGGAAACCUGUUUCUAGUCCUUCUUCAAUUGGGGGGUAAUUUAUUGGAAUUCUUGUUAUAUUUCUGUAUGUGUGAAUGAUAAGAGCCUUAAGAUUUUUAGGAAAUUGGGUUUGUAACUGAUGCUUGUGUGUGUGGCUUGGUGGGGGAUUGCUCUAUUCCCAUCUCUCUCUCUCUCUCUCUCUCUCUCUCUCUCUCUCUCUGUGUGUGUCUCUCUGUGUCUCGUUCCUUCAUUUACCCAGGUUUUGUUGGCGGAUAAAACGGUGACCCUCCUGGGAAUCCUCGACUCAGAGAAGAAAGCUUCUGGCAAUAGAGAUUUGCAGAGGGAAAAAGAAUUCUUUUUUUUUUUUAAUCUUGUGUUGCUAUUAUUUGUUUUUGGUUUCCGGGUUAAAGUGUCUUCCUUCCAAUACUUGUGUUUCCACUGGGUUUAACUUAAAACCCUCUGAUUUCGAGGUUUUCUUUCUGGAUCUUUUCAGAUCUACUUUUUCUGGCCCUAUCCCAGCGGGAGGCUGUUGAGCAAAGAAGAUCUCUCUGUCUCUCUCUCUCUCUCUCUCUCUCUCUCUCUCACUGUAUGGGAGACGAAACAGAGUUCCGACACUGGGACGAGUUAAUCCCAGAUGCCCUUGGCUUAAUCUUUGGGCACUUGCCCCUUGAAGAGGUUCUCACUGUUGUCCCAAGGGUUUGCAAAGCAUGGAACCGAGCAGUGACAGGACCUUAUUGCUGGCAAGAGAUUGACAUUGAGCUCUGGAGUAAUCGCUGCCACGAGCCCCAUCUCCUCGAUCGAAUGCUUCAAAUGUUGAUCACUCGGAGCUCUGGUUCUUUCCGCAAGCUCGCAGUCACUGGCCUCCAAAACGACUCCAUCUUCUCCUUCAUUGCACAGCAUGCUUGUUCACUUAAAAUCUUGAGGGUACCAAGAAGUGAUCUGAGCGAUUUGAUCGUGGAAGAGGUAGCCGAAAAGCUUUCAGCUCUCACUUUCUUGGACUUGAGUUACUGCUGCAAACUAGGUUCCCGGGCGAUAGAAGCCAUUGGAAAACACUGUAAAUCUCUUGUAGAGUUCUGCAGAAACAUGCACCCGUUAGACGUCCUAGCAAGUGUCAGCUCUCACGAUGAUGAAGCUUAUGCAAUUGCCAGCUCGAUGCCAAAGCUCAGGCGCCUAGAAAUCGCAUACCUCCGAGUCAGCACGGAAGGAGUACUCAAGAUUCUGUCCAGCUGCCCUUGCCUCGAGUUCUUGGAACUAAGAGGCUGUUGGGACGUGCAACUUGACAGCAAGUUCUUCGAGGAAAAGUUUCCAGAUCUGAAGGUGUUUGGUCCCAGCGUGAUGGGGUUUUAUGAGAUUAUGAAAGAUAUGGAGGUCUGCUCGGAUUCAGACGAGUCUGAAUACUUGGCUUGGGAGUUUCUUGACGGCGAAAUGGGUGAGUUUUACGAAGACGAGUUUGAUUUCGGAUGGGAUGACGGGUUUUACGCGGGAUUAAACACGGACUUCGAGCCCGACCUCUGGCCGCAAUCUCCAUGACCAGAUUCAUGGGAAUUCCUAAUGUGUUCAAAGUUGAAGGGGGCCUGCCUGAUGUCAUAUAUAUAUAUAUAUAUAUAUAGAGAGAGAGAGAGAGAGAGAGAGAUGUUUUAAACUUGGCUGCCAUUGUUGGUGCUGUUUGCGUCUUCCCAUUGAUUUGAAAUGACGCCUCAUGUCUUGGAUUCCUUUCUUUAUUUAGAUUCCAAUUCAGUUGUCUUCA